UGAUUAAAGAGAAAUCGGUGAAUCCUCGAGGACGUAAAAUCUUAACCAACUCAAUUCCUCAAAACACUAUUUUAAGUUUUAAGUGUAUCGCCGAUAUUAGUAAAUUUAUUUUUAAGGAUUUUACGGAAGGAGGAGGAUCCUCCUUAAUUCAUGUAAAUAAUGUAUUGGGAAAUGAUAUUGAAUUUAUUAAAUAUAUUAUAGCCGCGAUGUAUAAUAGCAUUUCUGAG